AUGUUCAAGGGAUUACGGAAAAAGGCUUCGCUUUUAUCUUUAACAAGUACAACCUCCAACGAGCUGAUUAAGCCAGUGGAUUCGGUAGGCAGCAAUGGUAGCCCAUCGGCAGGAUCAGACAAUUCUAACAGGAACCAUGGAAAUUUGGUAAAAGUAUUGAAGCAAGUUCGAGAUUUCGAAGUUGCUCUCCAGUCUAUGGAUUAUCUACUUGACGACAGGGCUCCCGUUGGAGUGGAGCUCUUGAAGGUCGAGGAGAGGAAGCUGAAAAAUGCAGAUCAGCCCGCCGCAAUCUUGCCAUUGGCCUUAGGAGUCAUGGAAUUCAUUGAGGCAACUUUGGGGUUUGAGCCUGAAGUCAUGAACAAGGCACACUACACGUUAAGUGAAGCUGAAACGGCUUCUUUGAACAAUCAAAAGUAUAAUGUCAAACACAAAUUGGUGACGAGUCAUAUAUACCCCCCAGGAACUGAGUUCCAGGUGACUUACGCCGAACUGACGUUGUUGAAUGCAUUGGUCAUGUUGUUGAGAGAAAACAACGGAAUGGUGGAGAGUGCCAAGGCAUUGUUCAAGUUGAGGAAGGCAUACUAUGCCUUGGAUGCGAUCUACAAGAAGAUCAAGGAAAGCGAGCCAGCGUUCAAGAGAAACUUGGCCAAGUUCACAUCGGAAGCUGCUACUAGGGAGAAGCUUCAUGGAAGCAGCACCAAAAGUGUGAGUACAGUUGAUUUGCCAGGGUUUAAUCCAAGCGACGCAGUUUGUGCUGCAGCUGGCGUGGCACCUGGGAUUGGUGCUGCUCUCUCUGCCGGUACGGGUUCCGCAGCCUCUUCAACUUCUUCGUUGCCGGAUGAUAUCAAGCUUAUGAGAGAUCUCGAAGCCGUCUACCAAAUGCGUAAGACUAGAAUUGAGGGCACAAUGGUUUCUUCAGAUAUCGAUGAGGAUAGCAUAAACUUAUUUUCGAGUACUACAAGUAGUUUAAAUUCUUCAAGGACGGCUUUAUCUAAGAAGCUGCUGCUGCAGCUGUUUGGAAACAGUCAAGGAAAUACAACCAUAGCUGCACCAAGACCUUCAACUCCCGGUGCUGCUGGCAAUGUCAGACCAAGUUCUCCCAUGCAAAUGCUUAAUAGUAGAUUCUUAAAGGAAAAGGAAACAGAUACCAACGAAGAGGAAGAAGUGGAUACCCUGGAUGACGAUGUUGAUGAUAGAGCGUCAUUUGCCUCCGCUGAAGAUGAGCUUGCUACUUCCCAAAAAUUCUUUGGAGAUUCUGGUACACUUCCAGUGCCAACCAUCAAUGAUGGAGAGUCAGUGGUCUCAGGUUCUCCACAAGCAUCCCAGAUUGCACCAGCUCACUCAAACCAUCUACACGUCUCUACUGUUGAUGAAUUCAUCCAUUCUGGUGUUCAACUUUGCUUUGGUAUUCUUCAGGUAGUACUUUCUCUUAUCCCUCCAACUAUUGGUAAAGUGCUCUCCAUUGUUGGAUUCAAAGGUGACAGAGACACAGGGUUGAGAAUGCUUUGGAGAACAGCAAUAACCUCUAGAAACAUACAUGGAGAGCUUGCUCUUUUGUGCUUAUUGGUAUUCUAUGAUGGCCCAGUUCAAUUUGUUGAUGUAGGUUACCAAUUUCCUGGGCAUGAAGAUUCCAAUGUUACUAAUGUACUCGCUAUUGAUAAUUUGACUUCCAUUUCGGAUAAAGAAUUGGAAUUGGUUUUGCAAAAUCCCUCGCUUUAUACUCCACAAUUGACUACAAAAGCCCGUAAGCAUUUCCCUCAUAAUGCAUUAUGGUUACUCCAAGAGUCAAGAAUAUUGGCCUCCAAGGGUGACUUGGAAACUGCAUCCAGGUUGAUGCAAGAUUUUCCUACGGACAAGAUUCAAAUGCAACAAAUAGAGGCUCUUUUAGUCUUCGACAGAGCUAUGCUUUUUGCCUUUAAACACGAAUUUGAUGAAGCUGCAAGAGAUUUUAUUGCUCUUAUUGAUAUUAACUCUUGGUCAAAGGGGGUGUACUUGUAUAUGGCGGCCUGUUGUUACUUAUCUAAGAUGAGAAUGUACAAGAUGGGACUCAUCUCCACCAAAGAUGAAGAUGAGAGGAAGCAGAUGAUCCAGAAGUACAUGAAAUUGGCAGAAAAAUACUUCAAGUUGGCGCCAACUUAUGUUGCAGGUCAUGCUAAUAGCACUAAUGUCAAGACUGGUGGCAUUGGAGGUAAUAAAAAGCAAAUGCCAUUUGAUAAGUUCCUUUUGCGUAAAAUAGCAACAGUGGAUGCAGAGAUGAAGAAGAACCCCAAUAGUGAGUACUGUGAUUGCUUUGGCACUGCUCCUAUGCACGAAUUGAUGUACUUCUGGAAUGGAUACAACAGAAUGACUGCCAAAGAAUUAGAUCUCUCAUUGAAACUAUUGGAUUAUAGUGCAGAUGAAAACAUUUCAGAUUGGAAGAGCAGUACAGGUGAUCAAUGUAGCAACCUUCAAGAAACAAAAUACGAGAGAACAAUUAGACUUUUCUUACAAGCAAUCGUACUUAGGCUGAAAGGACAAGUUAGUGAUGGAAUGUCGUUGCUUGACAAGUUUGUAAUUCCUCAAUUUACUGAAGGUUCAGCUAGCGUAUCUGAAGUAAAAUUCACACGUAAUUACAGUCCAUAUCUUUACCCUACUGUGUUAUACGAGAGGAGUAUGUUUGAAUGGUUGUUAGAGACAGCCAAGGGAGAAAAGUUUGAUGGAAGAAGGGCAUGUAAAGAGAGUAUGGAGUGGUUAAGAAGGGCAGAAGUUGCCGGAAACGUGGGCGAUUAUGAAUUGAGUAAUAGAACAGGAAUGAGAAUUAAGGCUGCAAUCGAUAGAAUCGACCUGUUAAGUCAUCUGAAAGAAUAG